GACGUAAAAGCAAAUACAGAAGACGGAGGUGGCAUACUCUUAAGAAUUUUCCGAUUGCGCAAUUGUCGGCUCAGCCCUUCCUUCCUUCUCAAACUAUAAAUAUCUCCCUCUUUUUAUUUUCUCACUCCAAAAUAACCCAAAUGAAACGAAGAGAUAGAAAGAGAAAGAGAGAGAUCCGAUCGAAUUCGAAUGCAUAAUCCACUGACAAUCCAAUUCCCAAAUCAAUGUCCGCCUCCCAAACCCUAGGUGGCCCCUCCCGCGCCGGCCGCCUGCUCGGCCCCUCUCUCGACAAAAUCAUCAAGAACGCCGCCUGGCGCAAGCACUCCCAUUUGGUCUCCGCCUGCAAAUCCGCCCUCGACAAGCUCGACUCCGUCACCGACUCCUCCAUCAUCGAUCCCAAGUCCCCCGUCUCAGGCAUCUCCCUCGCCGACGCCGAGUUCGCCCUCCGCCCCGUCCUCCUCGCCCUAGAAUCGGCUUACCCCAAGGUCGUCGAGCCAGCCAUCGACUGCGUCUUCAAGCUUUUCUCCCUCGGUAUCUUCCGCGGUGAGAUCGACACUUCCGAUCCCAAAUUUGUGCUUUUCAAGCUCGUCGAGUCGGUGUGUAAGUGCGCGGCGAUCAGCGAGGAGCCUAUCGAGCUCGGCGUGCUUCGGGUAUUGCUCGCCGCCGUGAGAUCGCCGCGGGUUUUGAUACGCGGUGAUUGUUUGGUGAAUAUUGUUAGGACUUGUUACAAUGUGUACCUUGGUGGAGUGAAUGGGACCAAUCAGAUCUGCGCCAAGUCGGUUUUGGCUCAGAUUAUGGUGAUUGUUUUCACCAGAGUAGAGGAGGAUUCGGUGAAUGUCAGCAUUUCUAGGGUUUCGGUGAACGAGUUGUUGGAAUUCACUGAUAAAAAUUUGAACGAAGGGAGCUCCAUUUUGUUGUGCCAGAAUUUCGUCAAUGAGGUUAUGGAUGCAAGCUACGGCGGUCCGGAUGGUAUCAAAACGGUUGCCCCCACGGGUCCCAAAUUACAAAACGGCAAUGCUAGUGGUGAGUCUAAUAAUGAUGGAGCUGAAUCCGGCGACGGUGCUAGUAAGAUUAGGGAUGAUGGGUAUCUUUUGUUUAAGAAUUUGUGUAAGUUGUCCAUGAAAUACUCAUCACAGGAGCACUCUGAUGAUCAAAUUCUCUUGAGGGGUAAAGUAUUGUCCUUAGAGCUUUUGAAGGUGGUCAUGGACAAUGGGGGUCUAAUUUGGCGCAACAAUGAGAGGUUUCUCAAUGCUAUCAAGCAGUUCCUCUGCUUAUCACUGUUAAAAAACAGUGCGUUGUCAGUCAUGGCCAUUUUCCAGCUUCAGUGUUCUAUUUUCACCAGCUUGUUAUCGAAAUUCAGAUCAGGAUUGAAAGCAGAAAUUGGUAUAUUUUUUCCGAUGCUUGUCCUACGUGUGCUUGAGAAUGUUCUCCAGCCUAGUUUCUUGCAAAAAAUGACAGUCCUCAAUCUAUUGGAGAAGAUCUCUCAGGAUUCGCAGAUUAUCAUUGACAUUUUUGUCAACUAUGACUGUGAUGUCGAUGCCCCAAACAUCUUUGAAAGGAUUGUCAAUGGCCUUCUGAAAACUGCUCUAGGACCUCCCACUGGUUCAACAACAACAUUGUCUCCAGUCCAAGAUAUCACUUUCCGGCAUGAAUCCGUAAAGUGCUUGGUUAGCAUCAUACAUUCAAUGGGAUCUUGGAUGGACCAACAGCUGAGUAUGGGAGACUCCUAUCUACCAAAGACCAAUGAAAGCGACACCUCAACUGAGAAAACAGAAAAUAGUUCGACCCCAAAUGGUGAAGAAGGUGCUGCUUUUGAUAAUGAAGUACAUCCAGAAGGAAGUGCUGAAGUUUCAGAUGCUGCAACUCUUGAGCAACGUCGAGCUUAUAAGCUUGAACUUCAGAAAGGUGUCUCGCUGUUUAAUAGGAAGCCUAACAAGGGCAUUGAGUUUCUGAUAAGCACCAAAAAAGUUGGUAGUUCCCCAGAAGAUGUAGCUUCUUUCCUGAGGAACAACACUGCCGGCCUAAAUGAAACCAUGAUUGGUGAUUAUUUGGGUGAAAGGGAGGAAUUUCCUCUAAAAGUUAUGCAUGCUUAUGUCGAUUCCUUUAAUUUCAAAGGGAUGGAUUUCGGUGAAGCAAUAAGGUUUUUCCUGCGGGGCUUCAGGUUACCUGGAGAAGCACAGAAAAUUGACCGCAUCAUGGAGAAAUUUGCUGAGCGCUACUGUAAAUGCAGUCCAAAUUCGUUUACAAGUGCAGAUACUGCAUAUGUCCUUGCAUACUCUGUGAUAAUGCUCAAUACAGAUGCCCAUAACAACAUGGUGAAAGAUAAGAUGACCAAGGCUGACUUCAUCCGGAACAACCGAGGAAUAGAUGAUGGAAAGGAUCUACCUGAGGAGUAUCUUGGUGUCCUGUAUGAUCAAAUUGUUAAAAAUGAGAUUAAGAUGAGCGCCGACUCUUCUGUACCACAGAGCAAGCAGGAAAACAGUUUUAAUAAAUUAUUGGGCUUGGAUGGUAUCCUGAAUUUGGUUACUGGGAAGCAGACUGAAGAAAAAGCAUUGGGUGCAAAUGGUCUUCUUAUAAAGCACAUUCAAGAGCAAUUUAAAGCAAAGUCAGGAAAAUCAGAGUCUGUCUAUCAUGCUGUGACAGAUGUGGCAAUAUUGAGGUUUAUGGUGGAGGUCUGCUGGGGUCCUAUGUUGGCUGCAUUUAGUGUGACUCUUGACCAAAGUGAUGACAGGCUUGCUACUUCUCAAUGCUUACAAGGUUUUCGGCAUGCUGUUCAUGUUACUGCUUUGAUGGGAAUGCAGACCCAGAGAGAUGCAUUUGUCACUUCAGUAGCAAAGUUUACUUAUCUACAUAAUGCUGCAGAUAUGAGGCAAAAAAAUGUUGAUGCUGUAAAGGCAAUAAUAUCAAUUGCCAUUGAAGAUGGUAAUCAUCUUCAGGAAGCAUGGGAACACAUAUUAACGUGUCUUUCCCGAAUCGAGCAUUUGCAACUGUUGGGAGAAGGUGCACCCACUGAUGCAUCCUUUUUUACUGGAUCAAAGGUCGAAACAGAGGAAAAAUCACCAAAGCCUACUGGACUUUCUUCUCUGACAAAAAAGGGAACUAUACAGAAUCCAGCUGUGAUGGCUGUUGUUCGUGGGGGUUCAUAUGACAGUACUAGUGUCCGGGUGAACACUUCUGGACUGGUAACUCCAGAACAGAUUAAUAACUUCAUUUCAAACUUGAAUUUGCUGGAUCAGAUUGGGAAUUUUGAGUUGAAUCAUGUAUUUGCUCAUAGCCAAAGAUUAAACAGUGAAGCAAUAGUGGCUUUUGUGAAGGCCUUGUGCAAAGUUUCCAUGGCAGAGUUGCAAUCUCCAACAGAUCCUCGCGUAUUCAGCCUCACAAAAAUAGUUGAAAUAGCGCAUUACAAUAUGAACCGCAUCAGAUUAGUGUGGUCUCGCAUAUGGAAUGUUCUCUCAGAUUUCUUUGUAUCAGUUGGCUUGUCAGAGAACCUCUCAGUUGCAAUAUUUGUGAUGGAUUCAUUACGUCAGCUUGCUAUGAAAUUCUUAGAGCGCGAGGAGCUGGCAAAUUACAACUUCCAGAAUGAAUUUUUGAGACCAUUUGUGAUUGUUAUGCAAAAAAGCAACUCUACAGAAAUUAGGGAAUUAAUUGUUCGGUGCAUUUCACAAAUGGUCCUCAGCCGUGUCAAUCAUGUGAAAUCUGGCUGGAAAAGUGUAUUUCUGGUUUUUACGGCAGCGGCAGCUGAUGAGCGGAAAAAUAUUGUCUUGUUGGCCUUUGAGACCAUGGAAAAAAUCGUCAGAGAAUACUUCCCCUAUAUAACAGAGACAGAGACAAUGACUUUUACUGAUUGUGUUAGAUGCCUCUUAACCUUCACGAAUAGCAGAUUCAAUAGUGAUGUUAGCCUCAACGCUAUUGCAUUUCUCCGAUACUGUGCUGUCAAACUUGCUGAAGGAGGGCUUGUUUACAACAAGAGGAGUGAGCUUGAUGUUUCAUCCCUUCCAACAGCAAACGAGGAUGCUUCAAAUGGAGUGACUUUCAAUGAGAAAGAUGAACAUGCAUCCUUUUGGGUUCCAUUGCUAACAGGUUUGUCAAAGCUAACAUCAGAUCCUAGAUCAGCAAUCAGGAAGGGUUCUUUGGAAGUUCUUUUCAACAUUCUAAAGGAUCAUGGUCAUCUCUUCUCACGCUCCUUUUGGACUGCGAUAUUCAAUUCUGUUGUUUACCCCAUAUUUAGCUAUGUCUGCGGUAAGAAAGACACACAUAUGGAAAAAGACCAGUCUUCACCAGUUUCAGUAUCUCCGCGUCCUGAUGGAAGCACAUGGGAUUCUGAAACUUCUGCAGUUGCAGCAGACUGUUUCAUAGAUCUAUUUGUCAGUUUUUUCGAUACAGUAAGGCCGCAACUACCAGGUGUGGUAUCCAUUCUGACAGGACUCAUCCGAAGUCCUGUUCAGGGUCCUGCUAGCACUGGGGUCGCAGGUUUAGUGCGUUUGGCUGGUGAAGUUGGUGACAAGCUUUCAGAAGAUGAGUGGAGAGAGAUCUUUCUGGCUUUAAAAGAAGUAACCACAUCUUCCGUGCCUGGAUUUAUGAAGGUGUUAAGAACCAUGGAUGACAUCAAUAUUCCCGGUCUUUCUCAAUCUUAUAGCGAUAUAGAUUUGUCUUCUGAUCAUGGGUUUACAAAUGAUGAUCUUGAGGAUGAUAAUCUGCAAACAGCAUCAUAUUUGGUUUCAAGAAUGAAGAGUCAUAUUGCUAUGCAGCUACUUAUCAUACAGGUUGCUACUGAUUUGUACAAGUUACACCUUGAAUCAUUAUCGGUUGGCAACAUUUCAAUCCUCCUUGAAAUAUUUUCCCUCAUUGCAUCCCAUGCUCACCAACUGAACUCAGAGACAAUUCUGCACAAGAAGCUGCAAAAAAUGUGCUCCGUCCUGGAACUCACUUCCCCACCUCUGGUUCAUUUUGAGAAUGAUUCUUACAAGAACUACUUAAGCUUCCUCCAAAACACCCUCGUGGACAAUCCUUCUCUUUCGAAGGAGAUGAACAUAGAAGCCAAACUCGUUGGAGUGUGUGAAAGUAUAUUGCAGAUAUACCUAAAGUGUACCGAGCUUCAUUCUGCCGAGCAGAGGCCUGCUGAUCAGCCGAUUUUGAACUGGAUUCUUCCCUUGGGCACAGCAAAGAAGGAAGAAUUGGCCGCGAGGACCGACAUAGCCGUGUCAGCGUUGCAGGUAUUGAACAGUCUGGAAAAGGUUUCGUUUAGGAGGCACGUCUCUCGGUUAUUUCCGUUGUUCGUAGAUCUUGUGAGGAGUGAGCACGCAUCUGGAGAAGUUCAGCUUGUUCUAAGCAACAUAUUCCAAUCAUGUAUAGGCCCAAUAGUAAUGCAAUAAUACCUCUAUUUUUUGUGAGACACUUGAUUAAUACACAUUGCCAUCAUCAAAUCACAAUUUUCUUCUCCUCGAACAGACUGGAGCCACAGAGAGAGCCAUUAAUAUAAUUUCCAUUAAAUUUUGUAGUUUAUACAGAAUCAAGGCUGGAUUUUCCCUCC